AUGGCGAAGCCUUUGCAGGUUGAAAUUCACAACCCCAAUGGAAAAUACAGAGUCAUCAGCACCAAACCCAUGCCUGGGACCCGUUGGAUUAACCUCUUGAUUCAACAAGAUUGUCGUCUCGAAAUAUGCACAGAGAAGAAAACAAUACUGUCCGUUGAGGACAUAAUUUCUUUGAUUGGUAACAGGUGUGAUGGAGUCAUUGGACAGUUGACUGAAGAUUGGGGGGAGACAUUGUUUUCUGCAUUGAGCAAGGCAGGAGGGAAAGCUUUCAGCAAUAUGGCUGUUGGGUACAAUAAUGUUGAUGUGAAUGCUGCUAAUAAGUUUGGUGUUGCUGUUGGGAAUACACCUGGAGUACUCACAGAGACUACAGCUGAGCUGGCAGCUUCACUGUCUUUAGCGGCAGCAAGAAGAAUUGUUGAAGCUGAUGUGUUUAUGAGGGCUGGCUUAUAUGAUGGAUGGCUUCCUCAUCUGUUUGUUGGGAACUUACUCAAAGGACAAACAGUUGGUGUGAUUGGAGCAGGUCGAAUCGGGUCCGCUUAUGCUAGAAUGAUGGUUGAAGGGUUCAAAAUGAACUUAAUAUACUACGAUCUCUACCAAGCCACUCGUCUCGAAAAGUUUGUCACAGCUUAUGGACAAUUCUUGAAAAACAAUGGCGAACAGCCCGUUACAUGGAGAAGGGCCUCGACAAUGGAGGAGGUACUUCGAGUAGCUGAUGUGAUUAGUCUUCAUCCUGUGCUGGACAAAACGACUUACCAUCUCGUCAAUAAAAAAAGCCUUGCGAUUAUGAAGAAGGAAGCCAUUCUUGUGAACUGCAGUAGGGGACCUGUUAUCGACGAGGUUGCUCUAGUCGAGCAUUUGAAAGCGAAUCCUAUGUUUCGGGUUGGUCUUGAUGUUUUUGAGGAUGAGCCGUACAUGAAACCCAGGCUUGCAGAUAUGAAGAAUGCUGUUGUCGUGCCUCACAUAGCUUCUGCUUCGAAGUGGACUCGUGAAGGAAUGGCAACAUUGGCUGCACUGAAUGUCCUGGGAAAAAUAAAAGGAUACCCAAUUUGGGCCGAUCCUAACCGAGUAGACCCCUUCCUGGAUGAAAAGACUCCUCCACCGGCCGCAUGCCCCAGCAUUGUUAACUCAAAAGCUUUAGGCUUGCCCGUUUCGAAGCUGUAA